AUGGGAAACAAAUAAUCUUAGGAAUCUUUAUCAAGUUCGAAAUCAGAUAUUAAACUUUUUGAUGUUAAGAAAUGUAUUAGUAUACAAAGAGACCCUGUUACCAGGAAGUUGAUUGGGGUUCCAAAAGAAUGGGCCUCUCAUCUUGAUGCUGAUCAAAAAUAUAUAGUAGAGACAAAUAAACUACCUGAAGAAGUGAGAACUCAUGAAUUACCAGACUGUAUAUUAGAAAUCCAGAAUUCUAUUUACAACUAAAAGAAUUUGUAAAAAGAGUUAAAAAUUGACACAAAUGCAGAUUUAUGUUUGACAGGUCUUAAUGUAGAAAUAGAAAAAGAAAUUUAUAAUAGUGGUGUAAGCAGGAAUGAAAUUGAAAAUGACACUAUGAAUUUUAUCUCUAUACUUGAAAUAUAUGAUGGAAAAGAAUUAUAAUUUAAAUAAAACUUUAAUGAGGUGACGUAAAUUGAAUUUUUGAUUUAAAAUCCUGCUGAAAAAUAUAUAUUUAUUGAACAAAUAGAAAAAGGGGUAAAUUGUAAACUAUAUAAAAUUAUUGAUAGACAAUUAAAUAAGGGUUUUGUUGCUAAAGUAUUUAAAUUUCAUGAAAAUUUUAAUUGUUAUAGAUUGAAAAGAGAAAUAUCUUUUAUUCAAAACAUAGAUUGUCCUUGUAUUGUGAAAUAUAAUGAGACAUAUCUUUAUAGUGGAUGUUUGUAAGAAAUAAUUAUAAUGUUUAGUUUCAUAAUAUAGGAAUAUAUGAAUUUUGGUAACCUCAGAAAAUUAAUUAGACUUUUUGAUAAGAAAAUAGAUGAGUCAAUAAUUGGAUAUAUACUUUAUUAAAUAAUGUUAGGAUUAAAGUAUUUGCAUUCUAUAGGCAAGAUUCAUAAACACUUAAAUUCUAAGAAAGUCUUAAUCAAUGAAAUAGGAGAAAUCAAAUUAUUAAUUAUGGAUUACAAAAUUGAAUAUAAAAAAGAUAAAGAUCCAUUUUGGAUUGCUCCAGAAACAUUAGAGAAAUAAAUAAUAGAAGAGAUUUCUGACAUUUGGUGUUUAGGAAUAAUAGCUUAUGAACUCUCAGAAAGAGAUCCUCCAUAUUUUAAUUAACAUCCUAUUAGAGUCAUGUAUAAUAUAAUAAAUCUACCAUCCCCAAAGAUUAGUAAAUAAAGAAGUAAUAUUUUUUAAGAUUUCAUUCAAUUAUGUUUGAUAAAAGUAAUAAUGUUUAUUAAUUUAGAAUUAUGAAAAAAGAACUUCAUUAAGAUAAUUGAUGAAACAUGAGUUUAUUAUUUAAAAUAAAGAUACCGGUUAAUAAGGAUUAAUUUAAUUAAUGAAAAAAAUGAAUUUAAAUUAAAAAUCUAAAUUAAAAAAAAGCACUAGUUUAAAAUGA